AGAGAGAGAGAGAGAGAGAGAGAGAGAGGAGGAGGUAUGUCAGAGGAUGUGGUUUUCCUGAGCUUGCAGAACAUCGCACAGGCAUACUUUGAGCAUGACCUAAACAGCUGCACGCGAAGUGUGUUCUCUGCGCUUCGUUAGCUGCCUGCCGCAGGAGGACUGAUCUGCUUGGCAUCUGGGGAGAAUCGGAUCUUCGCUUAUUGUUAUUGUUGUCCCGGCACGUCAAACGGGAAUCGCAAGGGUUAUUUGUGGACAGUAACUGUCACCAUCUUGAUUGACUUCUGAUCAGUGACUGAAGUGCAGCGACUGCGUGUCAACACCUUCCCAACAGGUUUAAGUGUGCACUCGUUUGGCAGAAAUGGGUUGUGGGUUAAGGAAGAUUCGUCAGAUGGAAGACAACAGUCCAGGAAAGAUCUACUCCACCCUCAAGAGACCGCAGGUGGAGACCAAGAUUGGGGUCGCGUACACAUACCAGCACUUGGACUUCCUGGUGGGGAAAGACGAUGGGGCGUCCACGCUGUGUCUGUCCUCAGUGAGGGAGCUGCCAUCACAGCUGCAGGAUCUGUACCAGCAGGGCUUCAUUCUUACAGCUGUGCACCCGUUUGUCCACCCUUGUGGCCCCGAGCCUGCCAGUGUCCAGCGCCAGCUCUAUCGGGCAGUGCUCAUCAAAGUCUCUGACAGUUGGGAGAAGAAUCCAGCAGACUUUGAGCCGUACCAUCUGAAACUGGAGGAAUGUAUGUCUGCAGAGCAGAUUCCCAGCACGGAACACAUCCAAGGCUAUGUGAAAAAACAGAUCCAGGAUGCUGCGGAUCAGGGCAUCAUGUUUGUGGGCUUCAUCCAGGAGCCAGCUGGCCUACGCCCACAUGUGCUGCGGCACGGAGAACCAGAGGAACCUUCGCUCUCCCUGCACUCCAGUCCCAGCUCGCUGCAUGGCUAUGGGCUAACGCCCAGCCCAAGUCCCCUGGAGGAGCCGGAGCUGAGAGACGAGCCUGGAGCGGAGAACCAAGCGAAGAACGGGGGAGGUGAGGAUCACACGGAGGACGUGAGAGCUUCUGAAGGUGGAGAUGGAAAUGAGCUCUUUGAUGAGACACCGGGCAUGUUGAAAUCAGGAUCUGGCGAAACACAGCAAGGAGAUGCACUGACACACAACAACAAUGACAUGGCCAAAAUCACAGACACAACCGAGAAACCAAGCAGGUUGACCCUGGCUAAGAGUGGAGCCGAGCUCUUCGGGUUGUUUAACUACCCCGGUCAUCGUGAGGGUCAGCUGAAGUACUACACAGUUAAAGUGCCUCUACGAGUGCAGCCACAGGGGCAAGGAAUCUGCACUUUAGAGGCAAACUGGCUAGAUCACAUGACUCAACAUUUCAACAACGGAGCUUCACUGGUGGACGGAUACUUUCAUCUGGCCACUGACAAUGAUCUGCUCUCCUCAACUGUGGACAGCGUGUUUGUGUUCCAGGAAGGGGUGGAAGGCGACACUAACGCAGCUACUGCGUACGACGCUAUAGUAGUGGAACAGUGGACAAUCAUCGAUGAUUUACAGAUAAAGACAGACUAUAUUCCUUUACUGCAGUCACUGGCUUCAUUCGGAUGGAGACUCACUUGUGUGCUGCCUACACCUAUUAUUAAGACUAACAGUGAUGGAAGUUUGGCUACCAAACAGAUUGUUUUCCUCCAGAGACCAAUGCUGCCACGCAAGAAGAAAGAAUCUAAGAAAGUCAUCUUUAAAACACGGAAUAAGUCCAACAAGAAUUCUGUCAAAGACGCCCCAAAGAACAAGAAGAAGAAAGAGUCCAUGGCCACCGUAGAGAAAGAGAUCAGUGAUCAAAAGAUCUGUGACGGAGCAGAGAAGAUUGCUGAGGAGAGAAAUACAAGUGUGAAUGAACGACAGGAGAGAAAACAGCAUAAUGGCACUGAUUCUAAAGUGGAAAACACAGAGGAAGUGAAUGAGACAGCAACAGGAAGUGAGGUAGAAGCUGGCAAGGAAAAGCAGGAAGUAAUGGGUGGUAAUAGAGAUGGAAAUGCUGAGAAGGAAAAUAAGGAUGUGGAAGAGUCUAACGUAAAAACAGAGGCUGAAAUGGGUCCAUGUCAAGACAAGGCCUCACCUGUAGACCAGCGGACAGCACAAGAGACAGGACAGAGGGACAGUGAGGUGGACAACCAGGAAGACAGGUCAGCCAAUCAGAACCAUGGCAAUGUGCAGGCAGGUGAAUUGUCAGCGCCACAUGAUGAUGUCUCGGCCAAUCAGGAUUGAAGAUGUGCUCACACACAACAGGCCUAAAGUCAUGGACCUUAAUGAAUGUUCAAAAUGCUAUACUGCAAAACAAAAGUAUUUAUUAAUCAAAAUGUUGGUCUCUUUUUCGAAUAAAGUAUCUAAAAAAUCCUGAAAACAAGAUAAAUAUAUUUGAGAAGCUAAAUUGCAUAAAAUGUUUUGACUUGUUUUCAGAGAACAUAUCUUGAAAUAAGUUCAUUUUUUCUUACCUAAUUGGUAAAUAGUUAUUUUUUAUAUAUAUUUUUUAAGUAUAAAACUGUGUCCUAACAAAUGACAAGAAGUUUGGCUGUUUGCCAAUCAGAACAUAUUUGAUACUUAAUGUACAGUUACGUGGAGCUGGAUUUUGGACCAAUAAGACUUCACUCAUUGAGUGCAACAACUCACUCACGUUUUCUGCCGUGUUGGUUCCGGAAGUAUUUUUCCCAUUCAUUAUUUCCAUAGGGAUUUCAUAAAAUUGUUCAUUAAGCAGUUCCGAGGUGAAUCACAACAUUAUAAACUAUGAAUAUGAAGCAAAAAAAAAAGUCAAGAAAGUCGGACAGAAAGACAAAUGUACAAGAUUGUGUACUUAACACCUUUAAUGAGAGAAAGAACUCCAAAAACCCUAAAAUGACUGUAAAAUAUUACAAUUUAAAGAACUUUACAGCUCAAAUAAUACAUGAGUUUUAACAGAAGAUUUAAUGUAAGUGCAUUUCUGUCUUUAAACCCUCCAAAAAUUUGCCCCAUUCACUUCCAUAGUAAGUGACUCACUGUAACCUCGAUUUUUGCUUCUUUUUUUUUUCAAGAAAAGGAGGGACGAGUCGAAAUUAAUGUUUGUGAUAAUAAACAUUAUGCCACAAGUGCUGUCGAUUAAGCUUAAUUUAUAUUGAACCCGGAAUAUUCCUUUAAGGUUUAUUACAAAAUAUUCAGAUAUGUACACUGAUGAGCCAAAACAUAAUGACCACUAACAGGUGAAGCGAAUAACGUUGAUCAUCUCCUAACACGACCACAUGUCAAGGUCUGAGUAGAUUAGAUGGUAAGUGAACAAUCAGUUCUCGUCGCCAGCGUGUUGAAUGCAGGAGAAAUGGGCAGGAGUAAAGACCUGAGCGACUUUGACAAGAGCCAAAUUGUUAUGGCCAGAAGACUGGGUCAGAGCAUUUCUGAAACGGCAAGGCAUGUGGGGUGCUCGCGGUCAGCAGUGGUGAGUACCUACCGACAGUGGUCCGAGGAGGGACAAACCACAAACUGGCGGCAGGGUGUUGGGUGCCCAAGGCUCAUCGAUGUGCAAGGGCAACAAAGGCUAUCCCAUCUGGUCCAAACUGACAGAAGGUCUACUGUGGCACAGGACACAGAAAAUUUUAAUGAUGGUUACAGGAGAAAUGUGUCACAACACACAAUGCAUCGCACCCUGCUGUGUAUGGGGCUGCAUAGCCACAAUGAUGACCCCUGUCCACUGUCAAAAGCACCUACAAUGGGCACGCGAGCGUCGGAACUGGACCUUGGAGCAGUGGAAGAAGGUCACCUGGUCCGACGAGUCCCGUUUUCUUUUACAUCACGUGAAUGGCUGUGAAAUUGUGCGCCGUUUGCCUGGGGAAGUGAUGGCACCGGGAUGCACAGUGGGAAGACGACAAGCCGGUGGAGGGAGUGUGAUUCGCUGGGCAAUGUUCUGCUGGGAAAUUGACGUCCAUUCAUGUGGACGUCAAUUUGAUACGUGCCACCUACCUAAACAUCGUUGCACCCCUUAAUGGCAAUGGUAUUCCCUGAUGGCAGUGGCCUCUUUCAGCAGGAUAAUGCGCCCUGCCACACUCCACACAUUUUUCAGGAAUGGUUUGAGAAACAUAAUGAAGAGUUCAAGGUGUUGCCCUAGCCUCCAAAUUCCCCAGGUUUCAAUCCGAUUGUGCAUCUGUGGGAUAAACAGGACCAACAAGUCCGAUCCACGGCUACUCCACCUCGCAACUUACAGGACUUGAAAGAUCUGCUGCUAAUGUCUUGGUGCCAGAUACCACAGGACACCUUCAGGGGUCUUGUAGAGUCCAUGCCUUGGUGGGUCGGUGCUGUUUUAGCGGCACGUGGAGGACCAUCAGCAUAUUAGGGAAGUUUUGGCUCAUCAGCGUAUAUACAAAUAUAAAGGUAGAGAGGUUUGAGUGUUGCUGCAGAGCUCUUUUGACACACUUUGUUUGCUGCGAUUUUCUGAUUGGUGGAUCUUUCUCUUCAGGAUCAUGGGUAGUGUAGUUCUUCACCAGAAAUUUUCCUAUUUAAUGCGAUUUUUUUUUUUAUUAAGUUGAAAUAAUGCAGACUGAUGGCUUUAACAGAAGCAUACACCAUCGAUUAGCAACCUCAGAGCUCACAGUAGGUUUGACUUUAAAGGUUUAUAAGUUAUCAUUAGUAAUAAAUUAAACUAUGGAAAAAUUAAUGGAAUUUUUACUUCCGGGAACAGACUGUUGUGCUUUACAGAAACCACAAGAUCAUUACAAUAGCUUUCAUUGCUUGUCACUUUAUUGCGGCUGUUUAGAAAAUGCUGUAAAUAGAAUAAAAAAAUUUAAAAAAUUGAAAAAACAAUUCUACUUAAUUUAAAAUAUAUUUUCUGAAAAGAAGUCUUCAGAUCUUAGGCAGUUUUGCUUCUCAAGUAAAUGUAUCUUGUUUAAAGGAUGUUUAGAUAUAUUUACUAAAAAAACAAAAAUACUGAUGAAGAAAAUGAUUUUCGCAGUGUAGCUUACUGUUGCAGACAGGUACACUGUCACACAAACACCUCAACUGACAUUGUGACCUCUUGUGCCAAAUGCUGAAUGUUUCAACUUGCUGGUGAGCAAAUGAUAGCAUCCCUUCCCCGUCGAGAUCUUUAAAUGAAAUUAGGGGACUCCAGGAACAGGGAGGAGAUAUGGGGAGAGAUUGUUAUCAGCAAAUGCACUGGAUAGGAAAACCACAUUAAUAUUUACUCUAUGAGCCCAGAGGGCUGGGGACUAAUUUAAAGACUGCAUCUCUACCAUACUGCAUACUGAAGACAGCAGACGCACUGGAAGGAGAUGGUUACAGUUGCGAGAAGCAAUCGAUUGUGAUGUAAGGUGCAUAUGUUUGUGAAUGUUUUUGUUUAUGUUUAUAUGAAUAUUUCAUGUCAUCAUCCCAAAUGAAAGGGUCACCUUCUCAGAAUUUAAGAGAAGAAAUUAGUGCUAGAUGCGUACUGGGAAUAUUUCUGUUUAAAUUUGCUAUGCAGUUGAUGCAGCUUUUUUAUUUGUUGAUUUCUCAACUCACAAAUCAAAUCCCACACUAUUUUAUAAGAAUCGCUCACCCAAAAAUGAAAAUUCUGAACUAAGGCCACGUUCACAACAAUACGUUUUCAUUUGAAAAUGCAUUAAUUUCGCUACGUUUUGGCCUUCUGUACGCACUGAGACGGCGUUUCUGUCCAGCGAAAAUUUAGCUUUUCGAAAAAGCUCUCCCAAGUGCGCAUUUUAAAACGGCGUCUUUGCAUUGUAGUGUGUAAAGGGAAAACGGAUAUAUUCGAAAACAGUGACAUAUUUGUCAUCAUGUGAAGUAGUCAUGUGAUCCAUUCAACCCAAAACAGUCAAGAUGGCGGCCCAUGUUGUAGCGGCGUUGUUGUGCCUGCUAUUCACUUUGAUAGCUUUGUUAAAGAUAAAUGUUACUUUGUACAACCUUCACAUUGCCUUACUUCAAAGGCAAUGGGACGUUUACUCUGGAACACGAGGACAAUUGCGUUUCAUACUGUACAUGGAAAUGACGCUUGCACAGGAAGGUGAUUUAAGUGUUUUCAGAUGUUUCAGUGUGGAUGAGCAACUUUUGGAAAACGGCAUUGUGGACGAGAGCAUUUUGAAAAUGAAAACACUGUAUUGAAAUUUAUCCAGAUUAAUGUGGACGUAGUCUAAACCUUUCAAAGGAGACAAAUGGUAUUAUCAGUGUAAUAUUCAGUAGAGUUGGGUUUCAGUUUACUUUUACAUUGAGACAAUCUGCCCUAGCUCUAAAACAAAUCGUAAUAAAGCUUCACAAAUCUCAGAUUUGGUUUUAGAAACAGACACUAGAAAGUAGAUUUUCUACUAAUUUGAUCUGACUUAUUCUUGCGCUAGAAACGGAUAGAUGUAGCGCAACAGAAUUGAAAAUAAGGCAGUUUCAUUGAUGAAUAAACAACCACACUCUAUUGUUAAUGUAUAUUCUAAUUCAUCUAAUUGGCCUAAUAUUUUAAAACUGAUAUUGAUAGUUCAAAAGUUAUUUAUAACUAUUUUAAGUCAAUGUGCAAUCAAAAUAGACCCAAUUUGCUUUCAUAAUGCACUGUUCUGGUCCAUGUAGUCCAAGUUUUAAAAAAAAUGGUCCUUGUAAUCUUUAUAUCUAAAUGUAAAAACUCUCUGAAAAUACUUUCCUUUUCAGCUGUCAUAACCAAGCCCUCUUACUUUUCAAUUGUUCCCCACCAACCACCUGACUCUAUUCUUGAAUGUAACGUCCACUUUUCACAAUUAAUUCCCAAUAGAUGAAGUCAAAACACUUUUCUCAUUGAAUAUCCUGUUUCACUUGGAAAUGCAUCAGAUUACAGAAGUAAAAUGGGUUACAAACAGUAUUUCAUGUUGACUUUGAGACAGCAUCUUUAAAAAUGCAGCGUCCGUGAAUGUACAAAGACCAAUUAAAACGUACCGGUAACACUUUACAAUAAGGCUGCAUUUGAACAAUAGAUCUUUACGUAAUUUAUUAAUCUUUGUUAAUGUUAGUUAACAAAAAUACAAUUGUUUAUUGUUAGUUCAUGUUAGUUCAUAGUCCAUUAACUAAUGUUAACAAAUGCAACUUUUGAUUUUAACUAUGUUUCAGUAGUUCGUAAAUUAAUGUAAUCCUGCAUUGAGGAUAGUGUAAACGUGUUUGGCUCGGUGUCCUAGGUGAAGGGCUCGAGGCUCGAUACUUGACCCGAGCUCAAAUACCACCCCCCCGACUUAGAUUAGUUAUUGAUUAAAUAGAUAUGUGGAGAUUGGGAGGUGGAAGGAUGUCAGAAGUCUCGAUGCCACGUAGAGGUAUGCAGCUUGCUCUGGCAGUGUGAUUGGUCGGAUUAAAAGAACUUUCUCCUCCCGAACAUUGUUAAUGAAACUCCAUUUCAGUAGUUUGCAAGUUAAUGUAAUCCUGCAUUGAGGAUAGUGUAAACGUGUUUGGCUCACUGUCCUGGGUGAAGGGCUCGAGGCUCGAGGCUCAUGACUUGACCUGAGCUCGAAUACCCCCCCAAAAAGAAGCCAGGAAAUGAGACAGCGAACCGUUGGCUACAGAGCCUUGUAGUACGAAGUGGUGUUUACGAUGCCUGUUCCCCCUAAAAGAAACGAGACUGAAACUAUGAAUAUAGGGAGGGGGGGAGCGCAUGCUAAGCCCUGUGUGAGAUGGGCAGAGGUGCCAAAGAUGAUAGAAUGAGCGGAGCGGCUAGCAGAGGCAGCAUCACGCUAGGGUCCACUCAGGGGAUAGGAAACUGGGAGGUGCUGGAUAGGUAGAAAAUGAAGAAUGAAAAUAGGCUGAAGCACUGAAGAGACAGUUGUGGAUAUGGCCGUGUGGAAAUGAGCUCUUGCGGAAGCUGUUAUGCACUGGAGGGAACAUGGGGGCCACCCCCGAGUGGAGGCAUGAAUCCCAAGCCGCUCGGACCUGACCUAAGUCCCACUCCAGACACAAAUGAUUCGACAGGAUGGGCCCGUGCAGUGAGCGGGCAAACUUGCGGUACGUGAACGGCGCAUUUGCGCUGUUUGCAGUGUACUGGGAGGUUUAGUCGCACAGCCCGAAAGAUGCCGCAGUUGCGGCACCUGGACAGCAUAUUACGCUGUUUGCAGUGUAGUGGGAGGUUUAGUCGCACGGCCCGAAAGACACCUGGACAGCACAUUUGUGCUGCUUAGGGAUGUAUUGAGCCAACAGCAGGGGCGCCGUGGUUGCGGUGUCACCAAGUUUGAGUGCACUUCCUGAGGAGAGGGUUUGCUGUGAGGUACCAGGGUGGUAUGUUUGAGUUAGAGGAGAAAGGGACUUGCAGUUGCAAAGUCGAGGCUUGUUACAGCAGCAGUGAGGCAUAGACGAAAGGGGCUUCAGCGGAAGCAUGGUAAAAAUGCUGAGGCUGCGGUGGGUUGGUGUUAGCCAUUAGUGAAUGUGGCUACCGCUGCUUGCUGCUUCCUUGAGGGAUGGGUUUGUGUAUAACAUAAAAUGUAUGGAUAAUGUAAACAUGCAUUUGCAGAAACGCCUAGCAUUAAAUGGCAUGUGCAUAUGUACAAAGUCAUUUAAGUUGUGGUUUGGCAUGAAAUUAGAAGGCAUUUGAAAACAAGUGCCAAAUGAAGGUAUUGAAAGUGAACACGGAAGUGGAGAUUUAUAGUAAAAAAUGACUUAAAUAUUGAUCUGUUUCUCACCCAAAGUGACUGCAUUGCUUUAGAAGACAUGGAUUUCAUCACUAGAGUCCUAUGGAUUAAUUGUAUGCUACAUUUAUGUGAUUUUUGUACCUUCAAAGAUCUGGACACCAUUCACUUGCUUUGUAUGGACCUACAGAGCUGAGAUAUUCUCUAAAAAUCUUUGUGUUCUGCAGAAGAAAGAAAGUCAUACACAUCUGGGAUGGCAUGAUGGUGAGUAAAUGGUGAGAAUCUUUGGUUAAACUAACCUUUUUAUGGAACAUGUAGUUAAUGUGAUUAACUACACCUGUGGUGAACUUGAGGGGGACUGACCUCAUACAUUGACUAAAAAUCACCUUUUUGGCACCUGAAGUAGUUGCAAUUGGUGCAAGAAAAGUUAAGUUAGAUCUGAGAAAAGCUAUAUUUGCAUUGGUAUUUUUGAUCUUUAAUUCAAUAAAAUUCAUCCAUUUUUAAAUGUGGCUUAAAGUCAACUUGAAACAUGGUUCACAACCCAUUUUAUUUCCAUAAUCUGAUGUAUUUUCAAGUGAAACACGAUAUUAAAGCGUAGGACAAGAUUUUAUUCAUCUGGAACUGAUUCAGUUGUAAAAAAAUAAGUGGGUUUAACAUGCAAGAAUGGACCCAGAUGGUUGGAGGGGAGGAGUUGGCAAAAGUAAGAGGACUUGAUGACAUCAGCCCAAAAGGAAAGUCAUUUCAGAGGCGGAGCAAGUUAAUACUUUGGGGGUUUUUUUACAUUUGGAACAACAUGCACCCAUAAAUCGUGCACAAUAAGACCAGGAGCAUGCCUUAAGAAAGUAAAUGGUGUACAUUUUUAUGUUACUUUUUGGGGUCGCUGUGUUUACAAUCUGGGUUCGCAGCGUCAGGGGUUUUACCAGCAUGAGGUCUUCAGGGAGGGUACGUGUGCUUGGUGAGAGCUUGCAUUAGCUCUAAUGGCCGGAGAGGUCACAUUUAAAACCAUAAUGGCUUUUCCACUCUCCGAUCCUGCUGGGAAAAAUGUCUCAAGCACUUGGCCUCUUCAUAAAGGACGUCAUCCGCUCAACUCCUCAAUAAAAGACAACUUCAAUCUGUCUGCAUAUGCUUUGAAGAAACUCACUUUGCACUGCCCUAGUAUGUCUAAUUCCUUCCCUUUUACAUGACGAAGGUUCUCGGUUCUUUUCUGAGACAUUUCUGACACGCUGUCAUUAUUAUUGUGCAUUUGUCACAGUGCUGUGUGUUAGACUGUAGCUAGAGGGGGAAAUUGUGUGUUUGUUGUUUGACGACGACUGAACCAGAGGCGAAAAGACACUCUGAUCGUCUGAACGGCUGUGUUCCACUUCCAUUGUAAGUGCCUAACUGUAACCCAGAUUUGUGCUUUUUUUUUUUUUUUUUUUAAAGAAAAUGAGGGAUGAGUCGAAAGUAAUUGUACUGAACUUGGAAUAUUCAUUUAACUAAUUGUGAUAAAAGGUCUGCUCCCAUGCCCAAAAUGUUCUAUUUACAAGGUUUUUUGUUGUUGUUGUUUUCUUUUUCUUUUUUGUCCAUUGUUUACUUCUAUGUUCAAAUUUUUCUAAAUAAGAAUAGGGUUUUCAUGCUGCUAACCGGGUCAGUGUGAAGUUGACCAGUUAGACAUUGCCUUGAUUUAUGUAUAAAACGGCUAUGAAGUAUUUAUCAUUUUGUACAGUAUGUGUAGCGUACAUAAAGCAUAUGGCACGCAAUUGCACUACACAAAAUGAGUAUUUUACUGUAAAUUCUAUUAACUGAAAUUAAUCGCAAUUACACGAUCAAUCAACAAUUUUGAUUUUUGUCAUAAUCACGCAGGCCUAAUGCAUAGACAUUGUAAAAAAUCAUUAGUAUUUCAACUCAAUUAGUAUUUUUGUUUUGUUUUCCAGUAAAAAUAUCUUAAUAUUCUUAACCUCCUGAGACCGGAGCAUGACUGCUGUGUGCAUUUCCCUUUUUGAUUUGUAACUAGUAGAACCUAAUAAAAAUGCAAAAAUCUAGACCAAAUAGUUUUCCUUAAAAUUGAUGUCCACAUAUGUGGACAGCGGGACUAAGUUGUGAAAUUUUAAAUAAUACCAAGCCAUAGAAAGUAAGAUUUUUAUUUAUUUUAUUUUUUUAUCUAAUUGUUUAUUUUGUUUCCAGGAGUGUUGGUUAUUUAUGUUUGUGAGAUGUUACAGACAUUACAUCAGAAAUUAGCAUAAAUAAUUAUGAUUCAAAGUAACGAGCAGCAUCAUCCAGUCACUCCCAACCAUGUUAAAAUAAAAUGAUACAUUAUAAAUUCUGAAUCUAUGUACUGAUUAUCAUUGUCCCAUUUCUGCAAAACAUGUUGAGUGAUCCAAACAUCAUCUGCAGCCUGAAACUGAACUUUUGGUCAGAUUUUAGGAGUGAAUGCACUUAGCUGCAUAGAGAGCUAUAGGAUGCUCCCUUACUCCCUAUUUAGUGAAUGACUUAACCUCCAGUGUGCAGUCUGUCUGCACUGGUCUCAGAACAGUGCAAAAAGUACCUUAUUUUCAUCCUAACUCUGUAUGAAGCCUAUGAAAGCAACACAUUUUUCCCAAUGUGAUAAUGGACAGUAAAUAAUGGAUUUCUAAAGAAAAAAUACGCUAAAGUACCCAUUAGUGUACAUUGUGUUUAGCAGCGUGGCAUUUCAUGAUUACUCACAUUUUUAAAAUGGAAUAUCGGACGAAAAUAGAGACUACUCUUUCAACUCAAACAUGUUUCAAUGUAAAAACUUAAUUAGGUUUCUUACCAGAGUUAGUUUUGUUGGUGUUUCUACCAAAGACAAACUCUGCUGUUAUUGGCGCCACGUUGUUUUGUCACAUGACUCUGUACAUGGAAAGUUUAACCUUUAAUGGACAGCCUAGAGUCUCCUGAACUGAUCAGUCGGUUUAAUUUAAAUAAUGCCAAAAUACGACAUCCACGCAUGUGGACGAGGGGUCGCAUGAGGUUAAAACAAGAUAUAUUUACUUGACAAGCAAUAUGGCAUUAAGAAAAACAAACUUGUUUUUCCUUUGAAUUAAGUUUAUUUUUCUUAGCCCAUUGGCAAAAUUUGUCCUUGUUUCAAGCAUUAACCUCACUCAAUUUAGUUAGAUUUCUCUGAAAACAAGACAAAAUAUAUUUUACCAUUUUGCUUAUCCAGUAAAUGUAUCUUGUUGUAAGAAUGCUUAGAUAUUUUUUACUGGAAAACAAGACAAAAAUACUAAUUAAGAAAAUGUUUUUUUUGCAGUGAAGAAAAUUUGCGUACUGUGCAUGGUAUAUAUACUGCAUUAUAUGAGUAGUAUGGUAUUCCGAAUACAAACUCCUGUGGAAAUUCAAGCCUCUCUAGAGAAUACACUGGAUGUCAAACAGCCGUGUGCGGUUUAAAUAGCUGACAGUGACGAAUGCUUUGUGUGUAAAAGUUACAUAUGUGAUCUGUAUCGCCCCCAGUUUUUUCCAUGCAGACACAAAUGUGCACAAUAGCAGGCAUGACAUCAGUGAGUUUAUGAUUUGGUAAGUCCGGUUUGGGCCUUCGGGGUCAGCCAAGUCAGUCCGUGAAAUGGUACAGCCACAUCCACGGGUGAUUUCAGACAAGCUAUUAGGGAAAAACAAGGAUGUGGAAGAGAAUACGAGACAGGAUCUGCCAGUCCAUCAACAAAAUGAUGCUGAGCAACAUUUACUCGCCUCUUGAGUAUCGGCAGCAUGACCUGUGACUCAUAUAGCAGUUAGCCCGUCUCCUGUAGUUUCUCUUGUCAUAAACGAAGAAAUGUGCUUGUUCAUCGGUUAUAUAACGGAUUCAAUAUCUGCAAGUAUCCUGCAGUGGUAGAGGAGAUCGCUGUAGCUAAUACCAUGCAUUUACGUACAUGCUCCAUGGCCCAUUUCCUGUCUGUUUUUGCUUUUCAGAAGUCGUUAACUGAUAAAAAAAAAAAAAAAAGUGUGGAACAUGCUGGUGUAAAAGUGUGCUUGUAUAUCUGAAAACAUUUAGCCAUUUCUGCCUCCAUAUUCGCAGGUUGCUUCAUUGAUUGUCAGACACUGUUGUGCCAUUGUGAAACUUUUGAUCAAAGUUUUCUUUGUUUGUAAAGACAAGCAACAUGAUACUAUCAUCUGUACAAUUUGUAUAUUAUAAUAAAUAUGAUUUAUAUUUGA